AUGGCUGAACCAGUGGACCGUCUGCUGUUCCCUGAAUCCGGCUCCACUGUCCCUAGUUGUGGGCAGCUGGCACUGGAGGUCUCCGGUCCACGUCUGGUCUGCAGUUACAUUGGGGCUGGGAGCUCAGUGGAGCCAGCCGUGUCCCAGGCAGGCCUGCCCCUGGCACCCAGGCUCCUAUCCCCACAGGUGCUGUGCUGUUGGCCCUGGGCACCUCUCGCUGAUCUGGCUGACAGCAGCCUCUCAUCUGGGGCCUCCCCUCCCUCACCACCCAGCCCCGUCGCCCUGGAGGACCUGCAGCUCCUCCUGAGGGGAGCGCUGGACCUGGGGGAGCUCUCUGAGCACUAUGAGUCCAGCCAGGCUGAGUCCACGCCCUCUGUCCCCGAGCAGGAUACCCCCGGGCGCUGGGGGCAGCUGGAGCAGCGGGUGGCUGGCCUGCAGGGUGAGGUGGCGUCCCUACAGGCCCACAAGGAAAGAUGUGAGCGUGCAGUGCUGAGCCUGCUGCGGGAGCUGCUGCAGGUGCAUGCCCACCUGCAGCUCCAGGACUCGGAGCUGCGGAAGCUGCAGCGGGAGGCCGUGCCGGGGCCUGGGCCUGGGGAAGAGGCCCGUGAGCUCCCAGGCCCUCAGGCCCAGAGCCAGAUGCAAAUCCUGGACAGGAGGCUGGUGGAGGUCCGAGAGGCCCUGGGACACAUCCGGAAGAAGCAGGCUGUGCAGGCCUCAGAGCGCAAAGCCGCAGAGCAUGAGGCCAAGCUCAGCCUGGCCAAGCUGCUGGAGAGGCUGGAACAGGAGGAGCAGCAGCGGGAGGCAGCCUGCAGCGCUCUGCAGAGGGGCCAGGAGGAAGCCAGCCAGAGAGUGGACCACGAGGUGGCCAGGAUGCAGGCCCAGGUCAGCAAGCUCGGUGAGGAGAUGAGCCUGCGCUUCCUGCGCAGGGAGGCCAAGCUGUGUGGCUUCCUGCAGAAGAGCUUCCUGACCCUGGAGAAAAGAAUGAAGGCCUCUGAGGGCUGGAGGCUGACGCUGGAGCGAGGCUUGCGGGAGGAGCUGGACACCCGGUGGCAGAGGCUGGAGGAGAUGGACCGGGAGCGGCAGCAGGCCUUGCAGGGGCACAGCAAGCAGGAGCAGCGUGGCCUGGUGAUGCAGUGCCAGGACCUGGACAAGGCGGUCAUCCGGCUGACCACAUUCGUGCAACAGAACCAGGUGUCCCUGAACCGCAUCCUGGUGGCGCAGCAGAAGGCGCGGGAUGCCGAGGGGGCCAUGGAGGAGAGCCAGGCCGAGGAGGUGGCUGCCUGCCUGCAGGAAGGCCUGGAGACCAUGAGGCAGGCGGGGGAGCUGGCCCAGCGGGAGAUGCAGCAAGAGCUGGGGCUGCUCCGGGAGAAGAGCCAGGCCCUGGAGGUGUCUGUGGCCGAGCUGGUCAGGCAGGUGAAGGACCUGGGAGACCACUUCCUGGCCUUGAGCUGGAGGCUGGGCCUGCAGGAGCAGACGCUGGACCUGAGGCUAAGAGAGGCAAGAAGUGAAUGGGAGGACAUGGAGCACAGAUCUCAGGAGGACCUGGCACGGUGCCGCCGGGAGGCAGAGGGACAGCUGAAGGACAUGCAGGAGGUGCUGCGAAGCCUGUCCCGGCAGAUAGAAGCCGUCUCUGACAAGUGCAUCUUUCACAAGAGCGACUCUGACCUCAAGAUCUCCGAAGAGGGCAGAGCCAGAGACCAGGCGCUGGGGGCCCUGCGGCAGGAGCUGGCUGCACUGCUGGCCUCCGUGCAGCUGCUCAAGGAGGACCAGCCCGGGCGCAGGAUCGCCGAGAUGCAGGGCAAGCUGGCCACGUUCCAGAACCAGAUCAUGAGGUUGGAGAACAGCAUGCAGGACCACAAGGCCAUCCAGAACCUCAAGUUUAAUACGGAAAGCAAGCUGCGCAUGGAGGAGAUGGCGGCCCUCCGGGAGGGUGUGGUAAGCCUGUGGAGUGGAGUUGGGCCCUGGGCCCUGAUGCAGGGCAGCAAGAGGGUCCCCCAGCCCCUGGCCGGGCAGCAGCUCUUCAUCAAGGACUCUGGCCCUCAAGAGCUGGUCUCCGUGAACUGCUGGGGUGUGUAUCAGGCCGUGAGGUGGCUGCAAUGGAAGGCUGUCCUCCUGAGCCUGCUGGCCCGGCGGAGACUCAGGGCUGCCUUGAAGAUGCCCCCAGGCUGGGAGCCUGCUUGCCACCUGGCGCCCUUACCCCUUGCCCAGAAAUAAACACUGCUUCACCACCCAA